AUGGCGUCGCUUUUACCUGCAGGAAGAAAGGCGCCCUUCAGCCAGACCUUCUUCUCCGGCCAGACCUUCUUCUCCGGCCGAACCGACGACUCCGGCGAAUCCACUGCAGCCGACGACUCCAAGGCAAUCGGAGGUUGCGACUUCACAGAUGCUAAUGUCAUAUCAGACAUUGUUCAAAAUGAGAAUUUCUAUACAAUCUCUCAAGUUGCAGUGGUGAGCAAUGCAAUAACAAAUGACAAUGAAGCUGAUGCAAAUGAAGUGCUUGAAGAAGAUGGCAUAGGAGAAGAAGAUGAUGAAGACGCUUUUGACAACAACUUUCAAGUUCCUUCAACUUUUACUAUUAUAGAAGAAACGAAUAUGACCACCGUCAACAAUUGGAUUGUGACACAAUUAGCGAGCAAAAAUGAUUUUACACAAGAGUUAGGGAAAGAUUCUUUCAAGGACAAAGAAGAACUUAUUAGAGCUAUCAAGCUUUAUAGUAUUAGGACACAUAAACAAUUUGAGGUUGUUGAGACACGUCCAACUCUAUGGACCAUAAGAUGCAAGUUACAUUUACAAUCCGGUUGCAAAUGGCAAGUUCGUGCAAUCAAACGAAAACGAAGUGGAUAUUUUGAAAUUACAAAGUACAUGGGUCCACAUACUUGUUUAUACAACAAUAUUUCGCAAGACCAUCCAAAUCUAGAUGGAAGCUUGAUAGCCCAGGAAACCAAACAUCUAAUUAAAGAGCAGCCUUCAAUUAGUAUUCCUGCGUUGAGAGCCAAAAUAGUCGAUAAAUUAGGUUAUAUUCCUUCAUACAAAAAGGUUUGGACCGGAAAACAGAAAGUGAUUGAACAAGUAUUUGGCAAUUGGGAAGAAUCUUAUUCUGCUUUACCCAAAUUUCUAUGCGCAGUUCAAAAGUUCAAUCCGGGGACUAUAGUCGAGUGGUUAGUUUCGAGCUCAACCAAUGAAGAACCCAUGGAAUUUAGACGUGUUUUUUGGGCUUUUGCCCCUUCUAUUAAGGGGUUUGUACAUUGUCGGCCGGUGAUUAGCAUUGACGGCACACAUUUGUAUUGUAAGUACAAGGGAACGAUGAUGAUUGCAAUGGGAGUUGAUGGUAAUAAUCAGAUUUUGCCACUAGCAUUUGCAAUUGUAGAAAAUGAAUCGUAUGAUAGUUGGAAUUGGUUUCUUUCUUAUAUCAAGAUUCAUGUGGUAAAAGAACGUGAAGGUAUUUGUUUAAUUUCUGAUCGUCAUCUUGGAAUCCUAAAGGCGGUCAAUCAACAUGGAUCGCCAUGGUUAGAGCCACGUGGUUUUCAUAGGCAUUGUUUACGUCAUUUUAUCAACAACUUUUACGAGAAGUUUCGUAAUUCAGAAUUGAAAGGUCUAGCUUAUCGUGCCGGGAGUCAAAAUCAAGUUCGAAAAUUCAACUCGACCAUGGAAGAAAUUGGGAAGCUAAAUCCACAAGCUAGACAAUGGCUAGAGAGUCAUCCACUUGAUAGAUAGACACUUGCACAUGAUGGUGGGAGGAGAUAUGGGUUGCUCACAACAAAUUUGUCAGAGAUUUUUAAUAGUGUCCUUAAAGGUGCCCGUUUUUUACCAAUCACGGCUUGUGUCCAACUUACUUUUUAUAGAUUGGUGCAUUACUUUGAGGUGAGACGCCCUUUAGGAAACAGUUCACGGGCUAAUGGAGAUGCAUAUACCCCUCAUGUUCUUGUCAAACAAGUAGCUUUGAUGUCAAAAGCAAGUGCACAUUCCUUGAGAUCUUUUAAUCGAGAGAAAGGUAUAUUUGAGUUGAUAACUCAAAGAGGAAGAAAUGUGCAAGUAGUUAAUUUGGAGCAAAAAACUUGCACAUGUGGUAAGUGGGAAGUGUUUAAAUAUCCUUGUUCUUAUGUCUUGAGUGCAUGUGCCACACUUUCUUUGAAUAGUUGGCAAUAUGUUGAUAAAUGUUACUCAAUUGUAAAAUAUUGUGAUACUUGGGCUUCCGAAUUUUCCCCACUUCCUCAUGAAGCGUAUUGGCCACAAUCUUUGUUUAAAGAAUUACUUCCAAAUUUUGAGCUCUUACGGAAUAAAAAAGGUCGUCGCCGCUCAACAAGACUUCGAAAUGGAAUGGACAUUAAAGAAGGAAGAAAAGCGAACCUUUGUGGAAUUUGUAAGCAAAGUGGUCACAAUCGAAAAAAAUGCCUGUCUAAACCAAGGUAAAUUAAGACAUUCAACAAUUUUUCAUUUGUAUAACUUUAUAUCUUAUUUUUUAUAUCUUAUUAUUUUUUAUUUUUUUGCAGAUAAUGGUUAUCGAAUCAAAGUUAUUUGGAAUGUUUCUUAUUUUCUUUUGUCUUUAGUAACAUAUUGUUG